CUGCGGCUGCUGUGUCCAGUGUGUCUCUGUGUGCCCUGUUCUCUGUUUCUUAUUGCGUGCUCUGCUCCCUCUGCAGCGUGUGCAGGACUUCUGGAGGCAGUGAGACCAUGCCAGCGCAGAUGUUUCCACGGCGGCACGUCUCCGCGGCGACCAACUGAAGGAGGCAACGCUCCAGGGAACCUUGGAGGGGACGCAGCGACAAAAACAAACAGCCUUUCACAGCCAGCGAGGGGAUUGCAAAGAGUACGGCUGAAGUGUUUGUUUUAAAUUCAAAAACUUUUUGAAGAGAUCAUUUUCCCCCCCACUCUUUGACCUUCCUUCACCAUAAAUUUAAGCCCCAAAUUUUUUGGGGGUGAUAAUACUCUUUGAUUUAUUGACCAGCUGGAUGAUGGACACCAUGGCCCCCAGAUGGGCUCCUAUCUCCUUUACCCUCGGGGUUCUGUUGGUUUUGUCACUGGUGGACGCCAAAGGAACUUUCUACGGAGCCCCUUACCGAUAUAACCUGUACAAGGGUGGGGUCAACCCACACCACUACAACCCUGUGAAGCCCAUGACCCGUCACAAAAACCACUGCGCCUAUAUCGUCCAGAGGAACAUCACGUGCACCAUGCAGGAUGGGAUGGCCACCUACGUCAAGGCGGAGUACACGACCAAGUGUAUCUGGGGUCAAAAGUGCCCAGUGCUUAUGUAUCGCACGUUCUUCAAGCCCAAGUACAAGGUGGGCUACAAGACGGUGACUGAACUGGAGUGGCGCUGUUGCCCUGGCUACACAGGGGAGAACUGCUUUGACGGCCCCACCUCCCUGCCUGACGCCAUGUUGCCCCCGUUCAAGGGCGCGCUGCCGCGGCCGGCCGUGAAGGGGUACCCCCGCGGGCAGCCCAAGGGGUCCGAGCCCAGGCCUGUCCCAGGAGGGCACCUGGAGCCCGGGAAGCCAUACCCCGUGCCCGGGGGGCAGCCCGACGGCAGGCCCCAGAUCCCCACAGGACAUCUGCCAUCUGGAGGCCCCAACUACGGUCCUAAGGUGGGCGUCUCAGGUGAGCGCCUGGACCGUAUGGAGGACGACCUGCGGCGUAUGGCUCAGGGUCUGGACACGCUGAACGGGAUGGUGACGGGCCUGGAGGACCGCCUGCGCGUCUCCCUGCGGGACGACACCAACAAGCUCCUGACCACCCUGCUGAGCGGCGCCCCUCCGCGUUUGCCCCCCGACUCCUCCGUGGGCUUCGGCGUCAUCCCCGACGGCAACCUGGACGGCCUGAGUGGCGGCAGCAGCGACGGAGGUGGUUUCCUGGGUUACGGCGAGCUGGUCGGCAGGGUGACGGAGGUGAAGGACGAGCUGAGGGUGAAGAGCGACAUGCUGGAUGAGAUCCAGGGAAUGGUCAUGGGCCACGACGGCCAGCUGAGGAGGCUGAUGGAGGGGGCCACGGGCCGACCGUUGCCAGGGGGGGCGGUCAACCACAGGCUGCUGGAGGACAUGCUGGAUGCCAGGCUGGCGGGGGUGCGGGCCGAGAUUCUGGAUGGGUUCGAGAAGAGACUGCUGGAGAUGGAAGGCCACUGUGAAGACCGCAUUGGGCAGGUGCGGAAGCAAUGUGAGAAGGAGCACCUGAACGGCCAGGAGCAGAUGCAGCAGUCCCUGGAUGGCCGCGAAACGGGCCUGCGCAAGGAGAUGGGUCACCUGCAGGCGCAGAUCCAGGGCCUGACCCUGACCGACAGCUGCUGCGGCCAGGUGAACAGCCUCUCCCAGCGCGUGCUGCUGCUGGAGGAGUCCGUCAAGGGUCUGACCGAGUCCCAGAGGCAGCUCCAGGUCGCCCUCAGUGACCAGACCAUCCACAUCGAGGCCAUACUGGAGACCCGGCUGGACGACAUGGAGGAUCGGAUCAACACCACCACCACCGAGAGGGGGCCUGGUGGGCCAGACGGUUGGCCGCCUGGCUUGCCGACGUCCCUGGACGGGUUCAACACGCUGCUGGACGAGAAGCUGAAGGUUCUCGAGGAGCGUCUGUUUGUGGCGGUGGAGGAGCUGAGCAACGCCACGGCGCCUGCGCUCCUGGAGGGUCACGUGGUGCCGGCGUUGGAGACGGAGAUCGAGUCGGUGCGGAGGCGCGUGGAGGCCGACCUGGACGGCGUGCAGAAGCAGCUGACUGACCUGGAGCUCCUGUGCACCUCCUCCUGCUCGCCCAGCUCCGGCGGAGGAGAGGACGGAGGACGGCAGACAGGGAUGGUGACGGCGGACGACUGCGAAGAGGUGGACAAGAAGGUGUCCGGCCGUCUGGACUCGCAUGACAACCAGCUGGAGCACUUCAACAGGACCCUGCAGGGCAUGCUGACGCGGAUCACAGAGGCCGAGGAGUCCGGCAUGGUGGAGGGCGAGAUCACGCUCCUCAAGAUCAACGUGAACUCGGUGAACCGCACGCUGAAGGGCCUGCGUGAGUCGGUCGGGGUGAUCGCACGGGAGGUGGGCCAUGCCAACUCCACGUGGCAGCAUCGCGAGGAGCGGCUGGCCAAUCAGGUGCACGGCAUCACGCAGCUGGUGGGCCGGCAGGCGUCCAUGCUGGGUGCCGGCGAGCGCCGCCUCAUCCAGCUCAAGGGCGAGCUGCAGGGCCUGCGCCGCCGGCUGGCCGGAGAGCUCCAGGGCUGCCGCAGCACGGCGCUGGGCGUGCAGAAGGAAGUGCUGGCCGUGGACAGCCGUGUGGCCCAGGUGGAAGGACAGUGCAGCGGGAUGUCCGACUUGGCUGACGAGCUGGAGCGCAUCCGCGGCGAGCUGGAGAGCCACUCCGACCACUUCCUGGCCCGGGUCAACGGCACACUGACCAGCCACACGCAGCAGCUGGCCCAGCUGAAGGACGGACUGCAGGAGUGCAGGGACAAAAAUGGCCACACGGGGCAGCAUGGAGACCAGUAGCAUUUCAGCUACAGAGACCAAUGAAGUGGGGCUGCAACUGUAAAGAUAUGGCAAUAUUGUUUUUAUUAUUAUUAUAAUUAUUAUUUUUACAGGGCAUUUUCUGUUUCACCCUAUACUUUGUUUUUAUUUUUGGUUUGUUUUAUUUUCUCCGCAUUUUAUAUUGAUUUUAACGUUUUAACUUAUAUGAAGACAAAGUGACUGCAUUGUUAUUAGAGAUGUAUUUGUACAAAAAAUAUGAGAAUAACAAACGUGAGCAAAUGAUACCAGACUAAUACGCUGCUACGGGUCUUUACUGCCAUUUUCAGUCGACUCUUUCUGUGUCCAUCUGUCCUUUCCUCUCAAAAUACUGUACGUCAACAUGAAUGGUGCUAAUGUUUGGUAAACAAUUGUUUUGUGUACAAAAAAUGAAAUGUACCGUAUGUCUCUUUAUACUGUUGGAUUUUUUUCUGGAGAAUAUAAUUAUCUGUGACUAAAGGACGGAGUUGAAAGUUGGAAGUGAUUUUAGAUUGUAAUACGGGCCAGCCUUCCAGGUAGUUCAAGCGCUCUCACCACCAGGUGUCAGAGAUAACUCACCAGAGGAAAAAAUAAACAGAUAACAUUUUUGGGA